AUGGGUGGGAUCCUUUCGGUGGUGAUAGCAACUUCCAAUGAUGGAAGAAAGUUCCCAGCACACUUUCAGUUCGGAGUAGCAACUUCAUCGUACCAGAUCGAGGGCGCAUGGAACGAAGACGGAAAGGGUGAAUCGAUUUGGGAUAGGUUGACUCAUGAGAAACCAGAAAAAAUUGCUGAUCAAUCGGAUGGUGAUGUUGCGUGCGAUAGCUACCAUCAGUGGCAACGGGAUGUUGAGAUGGUGCGUGAGCUAGGCGUGGACUUUUAUCGGUUCUCGUUGGCUUGGUCCCGUAUCAUGCCAACCGGAAUUAGCAACAAAAUUAACCUGAAAGGAAUUGAGUACUACGACAAUCUCAUCAAUGAGCUAUUGAAGUAUAACAUUACGCCGAUGGUGACGCUGUACCACUGGGAUCUACCGCAACGUCUCCAGGAUAUGGGUGGAUGGACGAAUCGCGAGAUCGUUGAGUACUUCCGGGAGUAUGCCCGAGUCGCGUUCGAGCGAUUCGGUGAUCGAGUGAAGAUUUGGGCUACCUUCAACGAACCCAAACAGCCAUGCAAGGAGUCGUACGAGCAGGACGCGAUGGCACCCGGACUGAAGUAUCCCGGAGUUUACAGUUAUCUCUGCUCACAUAAUGUCUUACUGGCUCAUGCGGAUGCCGUGGAGGUGUACCGUAGGCACUUCCAGAAAAGACAAAAGGGAAUGAUUGGAAUGGUCGUUGAUACGGCAUGGCAUGAACCCAACUCGGAGGAUGACAUCGAUGCGUCUGACCGUGCGAUGCAGUUCAAUAUCGGAAUUUACAUGCACCCAAUUUAUCACGGUAAUUACCCGCCCGUUAUGAUCGAACGCAUCGCUAAUCUCAGUGCCAUGCAAGGCUUUCACAAGUCCCGCUUGCCGACAUUCACGGCGAAGGAGAUGGCGAAGAUAAAGGGAUCGUCCGAUUACUUUGGAUUUAAUGCGUACACUACACGUCUGGUGUGGCAGAACGGUGCAACCAAUCCAGCAGGAUUCGAUGUACCAUCGUUUGAUCAUGACCGGGACGUGGUAGAGGCGGUAGAUCCUAGCUGGCCGACAUCGGCGUCGUCUUGGCUGCGAGUUUAUCCCAAGGGUCUGUCCCGAGCGCUCGCGUGGAUCCGUGACGAGUACAACAAUCCUCCGGUGUGGAUCACUGAAAACGGCGUGAGCGAUCGCGAUGGUACAUAUGACGUGCGGCGUGUCGAGUACUACAACUCGUAUCUGAACGCGGUGUUGGAUGCACUUGAUGAUGGGUGUGAUGUGCGAGGCUACACCGCAUGGUCGUUGAUGGAUAACUUCGAAUGGCGCGCUGGGUAUACGCAACGAUUCGGGAUUUAUUAUGUCAACUUCACGGAUCCUGCCCGGCCUCGGUACGCGAAAACAUCGGCUAAGGUGUAUGCCAACAUUGUUAAAACUCGAUCGAUCGAUCCUAGCUACCUGCCACAACCGGAUGUUUUGAUUCCUGAUGGAAAUUAA